GAAGAGGAGGGUUAGCCCACCGAAAGGAAUGCAGUCUGCAGGCCGACACACGUCCUCCUGCAGGCAUGUCAGCAGAUAACAAACCUCCAUCUGAAGCUCUGACAGAGCUACAGGUCUGCUGAGAAGACAUGAGAGGGUAUCGAGGCAUCAAGUAUACUUUGUUCCUCUUCUGCUACUUCUUCUGGGUCGUGAGCGCCGUCCUGAUCGCGGUGGGGAUCUAUGCCAAGAUCGCCAAAGAGAAAGAUGUGGUGGACACGCUGACGGUCGAUCCAGCUCUGCUUCUCAUCAUCGUGGGCUCGGUGAUGUUCCUCAUCACAUUCCUGGGAUGUUUCGGAGCGCUGAGGAACAUCAUCUGCCUGCUGAAGACGUUUCUGGCAAUCCUGGCAACCAUCUUCCUCCUCCAGGUGGCAGCUGGAGUGGUGGGACACCUCUUCACGGACGUGGUGAUGGAGAGAACGGAGAAGCUGAUGAUGAAGGCCAUCAUCCGCUACAGGGAGGACCAGGACCUGGAGAACGCCAUCGACUUCAUCCAGAAGAAGUUCCAGUGCUGCGGCGUUGACGGCUACAAGGACUGGUCCCAGAACGCCUACUUCCAGUGUUCGGAGUCCAACCCCAGUCUGGAGGCCUGCGGCGUUCCAUUCUCCUGCUGCAUCCUCCUGCAGAACCAGACGGUGCUCAACACCAUGUGUGGUUACGGGAUGCAGCCGCUAGAAAAAAAAUCAGCUGGUAAGACCAUCUUCACCAUCGGCUGCCUGGAGAAGAUCAUCUGGUGGGCCAAAAACAACCUGCUGCUGGUGGCCGGUCUGACUGGUGGCCUGCUCCUGCUGGAGGUGUGCAUGAUGUCCCUGGCUGCUGCUCAGAUCAUCUGGAUAAAGAAAGUUCAACAGAAAGAGAGAAAAGCAGCAGCUGGAAGUAAAUCAGGGAGGAAGGAGAGCAUCUGGUAUCCGGCCUUUGCAGACUUUGAUGAGGAGUAAACUAGAAGCUGAACACUGGCAUGGACACUGAGACACUGUGAACUUGAAGCUGCUGGAGGAGGUGAAGCUUCUACGUUGUGUGAAAGAAUGUCUAAAGUUUAUUGAUGUUUCUAGAACGAUGGAUGGAAACUCAAUUCUAUCAGAUAACAGAAGAAAGAAAACAAAGUUCUGGUUUCUCUCUCGCUCGGUCUCAGUAUGUUGAUCUGAAAGUUUAUAAAAAACCAGCAUAGCUCAUCAUACUCAUCAUCAUCAUGUUCUUCGUCUUCUGCAGAAGAGUCCACUGGAUCAACAGACCUGGACAAGGUUUCCUGAUACUGCAACACAAAAAUGUUGUUUUUAUUGUUUGUUUACACAAACUAAAGUUGAAUAAAUUAAUGAACGAAUUCUUUAUUUUAAUCAUUAAAAUAAUAAUAAUAAUAAUAAUUUUAUUUAACAGCAAAUUAAUUUAACAAAGAUUAAAAAACAAGCAGAAAGAAGCAGAACGUCUGUAAUUAACAACCAUCAGAUUCCUGUUAUUAUUAAAAAUUAGUAUCCAUCCACCGUCCUCUUCAUCGGGACCGCCUUCUAGUACCGGGUCGUCCUCUCCAUCAGGACCGGGUCGUCC